AUCCAGUAUUUGGUGAUAAUGUAGCAUAAUGAAAGAUUAAUAAGCAAUUUUUUGUAUUCUGGUCAUUUUUGACCGGGAACACCACAAGUGUUACAAUGUGGAAAAAAACCCACAAAACAUUACAAAAAGUAUCAAAACAAAAUUUGGGAAGUUGUCAGACUGUGUGAGUAAAGUCAGUAAAUUUUAGCCCAAUGUAAGAACAUUAACUAACAUUUUCGGGUACGGGAAAAUCCUCUCCAGGUCAAAAUGACCUGAACACAACAUGAAGGAAACAAGGGAUGCCCCACUCCUUACAAAACCCUUAACACGUAUUUUCAUGACAUUGUUAGAGUAAUGCACAAGUUAUACAACAAAUGGGUCUGGGAAUGUAGACAUGAAGGAAACCAUCAAGCAAGAUGAAUCGCUUCUUGGUUGAUUGUGGACCGUUUAUAUCUUGACACUAAUCAGCAGCAGGUGACAGCAAUCUGCUCAGACAAUGGAGAAAACAAGCAAACACCAGAAUAACACUGAUCAUCUCUUCAUCACGGCUCCUGUUAGUGGGUGGAUAUAUUAGACAGCAAGUAAACAUUUUGUCCUCAAAGUUGAUGUGUUAGAAGCAGGAAAAAUGGGCAAGCGUAAGGAUUUGAGCGAGUUUGACAAGGACCAAAUUGUAAUGGCUAGACGACUGGGUCAGAGCAUCUCCAAAACUGCAGCUCUUGUGGGGUGUUCCCGGUCUGCAGUGGUCAGUAUCUAUCAAAAGUGCUCCAAGGAAGGAACAGUGGUGAACCGGCGACAGGGUCACGGGCGGACAAGACUCAUUGAUGCACGUGUGGUCCGAUCCAACAGAUGAGCUACUGUAACUCAAAUUGCUCCAGAAGUUAAUGCUGGUUCUGAUAGAAAGGUGUCAGAAUACACAGUGCAUCAGUUUGUUGCGUAUGGAGCUGCAGACCAGUCAGGGUGUCCAUGCUGACCUCUGUCCACCGCCGAAAGAGCCAACAGUGGACACGUGAGCAUCAGAACUGGACCACGGAGCAAUGGAAGAAGGUGGCCUGGUCUGAUGAAUCACGUUUUCUUUUACAUCACAUGUGUGCGUCACUUACCUGGGGAACACACAUAUAUACAUAUAUAUUAUUUAUUUAUUACUAUUAUUCACUUCACCUGUCAGUGGUUAUAAUGCUAUGGCUGAUAUAUACAGUAGUCAACAUUUGAAGUGGAUCAAAAAAGUUCAUCAAAGUUGUCCUAAGAAGAAUAUUUUAGAACAACUUUCUGCAGAGUCAAUAGCUACAGACCUCCAAACUUCGUGUGGCCUUCAGAUUAGCUCAAGAACAGUGUGUAGAGAGCUUCAUGGAAUGGGUUUCCAUGGCCGAGCAGCUGCAUCCAAGCCUUACAUCACCAAGUGCAAUCCAUGCCUUCUCGUCCAACAUCAGUGCCUGACCUCACAAAUGUGCUUCUAGAAGAAUGGUCAAAAAUUCCCAUAAACACACUAAACCUUGUGGAAAGCCUUCCCAGAAGAGUUGAACCUGUAAUAGCUGCAAAGGGUGGGCCAACUCCAUAUUAAACCCUACGGAUUAAGAAUGGGAUGUCAUUAAAGUUAAUGAGCACGUAAAGGCAGGAGUCCCAAAACUUUUGGCAAUAUAGUGUGUGUGUGUGUGUGUGUGUGUGUGUGUAUAUAUAUAUAUAUAUAUAUAUAUAUAUAAAUUAAACAUGAAUUGUUGGAUCUUUAAAACCUCGUGUCAUUGAUGUCAUCAAAAUCCAACCAGCCGAGUAAACUCUGAUACUGUUAGUUUAUUAAUAAAAUUAUAUCCAUUUAAGGACAUCAAUGUACAAAGUCUGUUGUUUUAGGCCAGAAGUGUCUCAGUUUUGGUUCAGGGUUAGAGAGAUGCUGUAUGUUUGGUUUUAUGUCCUCACUAAUAUAGUGUUUAAACUCCAAAUGUUUGAACAUGAUUGUAGUUAUUAUCAGCUCUUCAGCUCGUGUCGUUCAGACUUCAGUACAGAUCCCAGUUUAACCUGCCGGUGUAAUUCUGAACACCUUCAUUAUUGAUCUGGUGUUUGUUUAGGGUUAGAGAUGAACUAUAUAGUCUGAGCAAAACCCCAACAUCAGUGUAAAUAUAUCAAACAUAUUCUGUAAAAAAUAUGACUGUUUUAUGAUUUAGUUUUUAAAAUAUAACACAAUUACAUUGAGUGGCCUGUGCUUUAUUAUUUACAUUUGUUCAUUUAGCAGAUGAUUUUAUCCAAAGAGACUCAUGAAGGAAUACAGUCUUAAAGAGGCAAUGACAUGAGAAAUGAUGACAAUACAAACAUUAUCCAGAAAAGUACAAGCUGGAACAAGGAGGGAAAGAAGAUAUAGAGAGAAAAAGAUGCAUUUUAAGUCAGUUGAUAUGCCUUGAUGUAAACGAGCAAUUGAUUCAGAUGAGCUUUAACACAAUCCUCAUUCUGAUGAAAACUGAGAUGAAUGACGAAUCAGGAGAAACAAAUUAUGACAAACUCACAUUUUUACAUGAUGUACACCAGCUUAUGAAAAUGUACUUAAGUUAAAACAUUAAUACUCGUGUGAUCAGAUGUCUAUAUUUAUUAUGAUGAUUAUUAUUAUAAGGACAGAUGAUGUGCAGGUGAAGAUGAGGGUCAUGAGAGUCACAGACAGACUCCAGAUCAUGUGCUUCAAGCGCCCAAAACAACAGCUGUAUGAAAGCCUCCUCUCGCCCCUCACUGAUGCUGAUUUCAUUCAAGUCUCUUUCAGACUGUUUUCUGAACACACAGAGGACGCGUUCAGGCUUUGAUCAACUUUUACACUUCAAAUAUCCAUCAAAUUUACACGCGGCUUUUCCCCGUGGCUGAUGCUCGCCUCGGAUUUGAUCUGACGGAGGCAAAACAAACAUUUCCUCUUGCCGUAUUUUAGUCUCUAAUGAAAGCUCAGAACCUCUGCUUGCUGUUCACCUUGUUUUGACUGUGACAAACUAUUUUCCCGCUCCAGUUUUGCUCCAAAUGUAAGAGAAGAAAACACAAGCGUGAGCGGCUCGUGGACGCGCACAGACACGGAGCGGGCAGGUUGAGUCUACGAGGUUCUCAUGUGUUGUUUAAGAGCGCAGCGCCGCUCGAGCGCUAUUCAUUGCUGAAAGCAGACAGCGUGUGAAACACUUGAUCCGAUCAGAGAGAGAUGGCAGAAACCGCCCCAGCCCCGGCUGCUGCCUCCCCGGCCAAAGCGCCAAAGAAGAAGUCAGCUGCGAAAGCCAAGAAAGCAGGUCCAGGCGUCGGUGAGCUCAUCGUCAAAGCUGUGAGCGCCUCCAAGGAGAGGAGCGGCGUGUCCCUCGCCGCCCUGAAGAAAGCUCUCGCGGCCAGCGGCUACGACGUGGAGAAGAACAACUCCCGCGUCAAGAUCGCCAUCAAGAGUUUGGUGACUAAAGGCACUCUGGUGCAGGUCAAAGGGACCGGCGCCUCGGGCUCAUUCAAGCUCAACAAGCAGCAAGCCGAGACCAAGAAGAAGCCGGCCAAGAAAGCGGCUCCUAAAGCGAAGAAGCCCGCGGCCAAGAAACCCGCUGCUGCCAAGAAGCCCAAGAGCGCCGCGGCAAAGAAGCCCGCCGCUAAGAAAUCGCCCAAGAAGGCCAAGAAACCCGCCGCCACAGCCGCUAAGAAGGCGACGAAGAGCCCCAAGAAGGCAAAGAAGCCAGCAGCCGCUAAGAAAGCAGCCAAGAGCCCCAAAAAGGCCAAGGCGGCUAAACCUAAGGCGGCAAAGCCUAAAGCCGCCAAGCCUAAAAAGGCAGCUCCCAAAAAGAAGUAAAAAUCUGUUUGUUCCUCAACGGCUCUUUUAAGAGCCACCCACUAACUCUGAGUAAAGAGCAAAACUGUGUAUGUUAAUGAUUUCUGUUUAAUUUGAAAGCAAACAGCCAGUGGCUUGUUGCACAAAGCCGGUUUCAGUUUCUACCCAGCUAAGUUCAAGAUUAGUUUGAGUAAACUCUGGUUUUUCGGGCUCAUGAAGACGGAUUGGUUUUUAGCGGGUUUCAUUGUUAUGGUAACUUACGCUACACGGCUAACCUGCUCCGGAGCAGGUUUAACUGGUCCAAUCAGCUGUGAGUAAAGUGACAUGUAUCUGAUGCAAUAAAGCCACUCCCCCUGUAUCUCUCGCUCCAAAUUAAAGCAGUUUAUAGUGAAAACAUUUUAGAGACAAAAUUGCUCAUCUUUUGCUGCUAAUUAUUUAUUAUAUUGUAUUAAUUAUGUAUAAUUCAUAUAAUAGUAUAUUCAUAUAUUACAUUAUUUGACAAUUAAUAUUUAACUUUGUUUUUAAAUUGAUAUAAAUAUAAUACAUGCAUCGAUAUAAAGCUUUUAAACAAAUUAAGGUUACGUGUAUUCAUUUGAGCUGUUUGUGAAUCUAAUAUAAAUUAUUACAUUAUAAAUUAUUAGGCAUAUUUCUUUGAUUCACAUGCAUUGACAUAGUCAGAUAUUUUCUUUCAGCUGCCUUCUCAAACUUUCACUGCAUCAGUGUUUAUUCCUGCCUUGUAAAUGCAUUUAAUUUCAUGAUUUUUUUUUUUUUUUCAUAAUGGUCUCUUAAUCUUCAGAAGAGAAGUGAAUUGCACGGCUCUCUUAUGAGAAGUGAAUCAAACGGACGCUCUGUAUGUUCCGUGUGAUUGGCUGUUUGCCGCACGUGUCACACUUUCAGGUGCAUGCGCUUCAGAGUUAAUCGUAAACUGGAUUAAACCUGAGUUGACAGAUAAAGUUUAUACCGAGCGUUGUGCAAUAUCUGAUCCUGAUCUUAACCAGUUUGGAUUUAUCUGGAUUUGUCAACUCUAAACCUACUCUGAAACUCAGAGUUUGUUCAACUAGCUUCAUGCAACAG